AUGGCUGAUUCGAAAGAACGACCCUCAAAAGUACGCAAGCUAGAUACGUCUCAUGAGCUGGACCUGUCCCUGGUAUCAGAUUUGAAGACAAAGUCGAUGCCUAACACUGAGAAUCAGAACUCAUCUGAAAAUUUCGGUCAUACGCAGGAGAAUGACGACAUUGCAGCGACUAUCGAAGAGACAAGCGGCUCUCAAGCCCCAGCAAUGUCCAAAAACCAGCUAAAAAAACAAAGAAGACGAGAGCAGUGGGAGCUUGGAAGAGCAGAUCGCGCCUCGAGACGGCGCGACAAAAUAAAGGAGAAAAAGUUACGCAAGGCGGAGGAGAGGGCUGAACUUGCUGACAAGAUUACAAGAGGAGAGCUACCCGCUCCUACUGCUGCAGAUGAUGACGAUGAUGAUGAUGAAGAGAAUCGCAUUCGUUCAGCGAGGCCAGUUCAGGUACCCAUCGGCCUCGUUUUGGACGUCGACUUCAAUGAAUUAAUGACGGAAAAAGAGAUAAUCUCACUAGGAGCUCAACUCACACGAUGCUACUCUCUGAAUCGCAGUGCUCCAUACAAAACUCAUCUAGCUAUUAGCUCAUGGGGUGGUGCUCUGAAGACUAGAUUUGAGAAUAUUCUCGCCAACACUCAUUUGGGCUGGAAUGGAGUUUUUUUCUUCGAAAAUGAGGACUUUGUUGCAGCUGGCGAGACACUGCAUAAAGUCAUGAUGGCUCCAGGAGGUGGAAAGGUUAUUUCUACUUUGGUAAGAGAUGAGAAGACCAUGUCUGGACAAACUGAGAUGGUUGCAACCACUGGUCUACCAUUCCCCGAAAAUCCAACCGACCAUAGUGUGAGCACGCAGGUUCACGAAACACAAGAUUAUUCCUUCCAAGAUAAGAUUAUAGAAUCUAAAAAAGGUUCAUCAAGUGCUGCUACGACGCCCGCGUCAAUAACUACCCCAUCUUUGAUCUAUCUCACCUCAGAUUCUCCUAAUACACUUCAGUAUCUGAAGCCCAACACAACUUAUAUUAUCGGUGGUAUUGUUGAUAAAAAUAGGCAUAAAGGACUUUGUUAUAAACGUGCAUGUGAACGAGGGAUACCCACUGCCAAACUUCCGAUUGGAGAUUACAUGAAAAUGCAAAGCCGAACGGUACUGACCGUUAACCAUGUUGUAGAAAUUAUGUUGAAGUGGAUUGCUACAAACAACUGGGGGGAAUCUUUGACGAGUGUCAUACCAAAGAGAAAACAAGCAGUCUUGCGAACAAGAGAAUGCAAUCAAGGUGACUCAACAGCGUGCAAAAAUGAACAGAAUUCGAAACAAAAUGAUAAAAAAGAUAUUAAUGAAACAGUCAGCUAG